CAAUGUCGCGGGUUGAAGAAGCCACCGUCUGUUCCUCUCCUGACCCUAUUGCCUUCGUCAGCACAACGAUGUCGGUCCCAAGCUCGUCCCGUGCCAGCUCUUCCUCGAGCUUCCGGGUCACCGCAAAUGGCUCGACAGACAGGCUUGUGGAUGUCGCCCCUCCAUUUUCUUCCUCCUCGCAAUCGUCACUCCGGAGGUGCUCCAGCGACGCGAUGCCACAGGCAGAGGGCAGUGCGGAUGGUAGUGGGGCCUCCACCCCGGAUGUCGACACGCAAAUCCUUGAAGCACUCAAGAGCAAAGAUCGACUUUUCGUGCUUAAAAUGGGUGAACAGAUGGAAGGCUUGAUUAGAGAAAGGAAUUCGAGGUCCAAAAUCAACCUCACUCCGGAAAAUCAAUACCAAAGACUUCUGGUCCAUCGCUGCGCACAAUAUUAUAGACUCACGCCAGAGACUGAUCCUGUUCCACGCGACAAAUCCGGCAUUCGAGACAUGUCUGUUUCCAUUACGGUUGAAAGUAGAAUACCUGUCAGACGCAUAUCCGAACUUGUUCCUGCUGAGCAGACACAGCUUCCGGCUUUCAAAAUCAUGCGUCGAACUGAGCUAGAUCGUAGGCGUCAGAAAUCCUCUGCCUCACGUCCUGGCUCUAUUGCGGGAGAAGAUGGAGAGCUCUCCGACCCUGGCCCUUCAGAGACUGGGAGCAUGGGGAGCAGAAGCACGACCAGCAAGAAACAUAUGACGAUUGCAGAACGUGAAGCUGCGUACGAAAAAGCGCGCACUCGUAUUUUUAAGGACUUUGAGGAGAAAGAGAAAGCUAAAGAGCGCGACACAAGUGCCUCUUCAUCGACGUUCAGCCUUGCUUCUGCCUCUGGCUCAGGCUCGCACAGUGGCGGUGCUGGUUGCAGCAGCGUGAGCGAUAUAGAUGAUAAUGCGAGCACUGCACCCACAGAAAGCGAAUGGUCUGUACCUGUCACGGACCGUCGAAGGGGAGGCGAGUUGGGAAUGAACUCUGCUGAAUCGACCCGAUCAUUUCCUUCAUUCAACCCUCAAGGGUCCGAAAGCCGACGUGAUUCUGGGACGACAUCUCCUUCUUUCACGUAUCCCUCGCUAUAUGAUCCAUCUGGUGGUCAGCCACAAGCCCAAGAGCAGCCUGGUUACAUGGCACCUACGGGACCCUACAUGGCCGCACCGAUGGGAAUGUACUUUCCUCCUCAGCCGCCUCAGAACCCGGGACCAGUGCCAGCAGUAGGACCUCCGUAUAUUGCGCAGUACCAGUAUUACCCACAAUUUCCCUAUGGCGGCCUUCCUCCCCAGCAACCUCACCCUAACUCGGAUCCUGCCAGUCCGGUAUCGGGUCCAUCUGAUGCGUAUCCUCAUCAUUCCAUGAGUGCUCCGCAUGUGGGUCCAAGCGCUUAUGGAUGGAUUCCUCAUCCUGCUUAUCAGCACCAGCAACCACCCUCUGAACAUCACUCAGCUCCCGGCACUGGACCGAACCAUGUUCAUCACCCGCCCAUUCCAGGUGUAUCGCCGAUGGCCUAUCCAUAUCCAGCAUACAUGCCUCCGCCCGGUCCUGUGCCGUACGCAGGAUAUGCAGCCUAUUUCCCUCCCCCUCAAUCUCAACCACCUCAACCACCCAUCGUACAUCCGCACUCACAGCCUCUUUAUCCAAUUGACCUUCCGCCUACGAACGGUAGUGGAUCUGAGCGGGGAACUUCCAGUGGUGUAUCUAGCGGGAAAGGGAGCCCAUCGCCGACUCUUUCUCGACACACGAAUAGCAGCGGGAGCAGCAAUGGCCAUCAUAAUCAUAUAAAUGGUAAUCAUGGAAUUAGACGCGGAGCUCCUCCUGCUCGUGGGGCGUGGAGUUACGGUCCAGGGUUAGGAAUGCAUUCAAGUGCGUCUAGCCCGGGUCCAGGUGUACACAGCAGCCCAGGGGGUGGAGAGAUUGUUGGCCCACGUUUAAGUCAGGCAAUGCGGCGAACAUCGGCGUCUUCUAGCAGUGGCGGGCAUAGGACGCCAGCAGAUGAAACGGCUUCCGUUGCGUCAUCGUCUACCAGCUCGUCCUCGUCUCGGCGAACUUAUUUGUCAACCCCUCCAAAGCAUCCCUUGCCUCCGAGACCUGAUUGGGCAGCUGGAUUGAAAGCACAGCCGACCUUGCAUCCCACAACGCGUCACAGACGGGACAGCAAUAACUCUCGCACGAUGUCGCCUGCACGCCCGCCUGGUCAACCCCUACCUAGUCACCAUCAGCCACCUCCUCAACAAAGGCCGCCGAUUCAUCUUCAGCCGAACGAUUUUCCUCCACUCUCGUCAAUUGCCAGUCCGUCGCAUGACAAACGCCCCCCUGCUGGUGGAGUAUGGUCUAAUGUGAACUCUACUGCACGUACAGUCCUUUCUCCGAACCCGGGACACUCUAACCAUCCCCAGGGCAUUACGUACGGUACGGCACUGUUUAAUCAUACAGGUGCUAACAGGCUAGAGGAUGAUGAACGCGGAUUUGAACGACCUCCUCGGAAGGGCAGUGCAGAGCUGUUUAACCCGAAGGGAGGCGCAAAGAAAAAUCCUCAGAGUCAACAAAAGCCUUCGUCCCAAGUAGCUGGUCAAGAGGGAGCAGUAGAGCAAGUAGAAACGAUAGAAAGAGACGGUGCCCGAGGAGAGCGUGUCGCGAAUGCCAUCCUCGUAGACAAGAUGGGAGCUCUGAAGAUCCAGACUCAUGGAGGUGAAGGCGAGAUCGAGAAUACUCCUAGGGCUGAAAGCGUGUUAUCCGGACUGUUUCGAGAUUUGGGAGGUGAAAGUGUGGGUGUUGAUGGUGGAGCGAUCUCAAACCGAUAGUAGUAGCCUUCGAUAACACAAGGCACCCUCAUGCUUUUUUCUCUGUCUGGUCGUCUUUACCCGCAUUUCGUCUUCGGUUCAAUCAUUGUCGUAGCAUCGUUCCUCCUCAGUCAAUCAUCUGAUCGCAUCCGCAUCGUCAUCUGGUCUUCCAAUUACAGUCUCUCCGUCCUCUUCGCAUAGUUGCUCUGAAUUCUCCCUGCCCUGCAAUCCUUUGUGGUCUUACGUGUUGUGUGUUGUGUAAUAGUGUCUCUUUGCCGCUACAGCAGGUCUCUGUUUGUUCACAAGUAAUGUAAGUGUUAAAAGUAUAUAGAGGACGUUGUUUUGUUCUGCUUGCUUCACUUAAGUAGAGCAUCAUUAGAAUUGUAAAGCUGAAAAUGGAUGCUUUGAUCGAAAAUUGUAUUUUCUUG